ACCCAACAUGAACCAGUUAACCUUUGUCGCCUGCCUUUUGCUUUUGUCGGGUUCUCAAGCUGCCUUCCAGGACUUUGUGAUAGGACCUGAGUUCUAUGAAGGCGAUAAGGAAGUGGCCCCGUUUGGUCAGGAAUAUCCGGAGGAGGAGGAUAUGGAUGAGGAUGUAAUGAUCUCAUUCCAGGAUGUGCAACAGGAAGGUAUUGUGGAUACCAAUCUGCUGAUGAAAGCUCUAAUGCAGCAUGCCAAACGUUUGGGAAUGAGUUUGGAUGAAUUGGCUAACUUAAAUAUGGAAAGCGAAGAAGAGGACUCUAUGAACCAACUGGGCUGCCCAUCCGGGCAAGAUGUCUUUGGAUACCAAGAAAAACCCACUUGGCGGGAUGUGCUCUUUAACUAA